GGUGAUUGAAUGUACAGUGCUGUCCUAUUAGUUGAUGCAUGGUAGACAAAGACACAGAACUCAUAAUACAUGUAUGAACUGAUAUACAUGGACCACACACCAGGGCAGAAGCAACACUGAGUAACUUCAAUAAUUGUUGGUAUGUAAUGCUGCACCAAAGUAAUGUUCGUGGAGUCCACAUGUUUAUUACGAUACAAGAUAUUUCACAGACUUCCUCCCUGCCAGGUUAGCUUUCUCAGGAAAUGUGCAUCACUGCCUUCACAAAAUCAUUACCAGAUUCUGGGUAUAAAUCAAAGAGCAGACAACAAAGAAAUAAGGGCAGCAUACAUUGCAAAGUGUAAAAAGUAUCAUCCAGAUACCAAUCCAGAUGACUCUCAAGCUCAGCAGAAGUUUAUCCGUUUACAGGAAGCUUACAAUGUACUUAGUGACCCCAAGGAAAGGAUCCACUACGACAUGCACUUCUACAGAAUAAGAAUGGACACCCAAAAGAAGACUUCUAGCAAUGAAGGAGUUCAUCAUAAGGAGCAACAGGCAAGACAUAGACCAGAGGACAUGUACGGACAAUGGUCAAACUAUGGCAGACAACAGGCAAGACAUAGACCAGAGGACAUGUACAGACAAUGGUCAAACUACGGCAGACAACAGGAAGAGACGUACGGUCAGUGGACCGGACAACGGGGAAAGUAUGAGGAGUGGAUCAAAGAAAACAAAAGUAGGCACAAUUCAAACCAAGAACACAGUGAAUAUUAUAACGAGGCCUUCUAUCAACAGAAGUACUAUGACAUGUUUGGACCCUUUGGUUGUCUUGUGGAUUCUUUCUUUGGAAACAAAGAGUCAAAGCAGGCAUCCUUUCAAGAUAUUUUUCUCUUGUUUACCUUGAUUAAUAUUUUCACCAUCUUGGGAUAUGCUUCUGGGAUAUACCUGAUCAAAGAUAUUACAGAGAGCGCGAGAAAAUGGCAGCAACAAGUGAAGAAAUAACAACUCGUAGUAGCAGUGGUGUGAAAGUGAGACUGGCAGUCUACAGAUGACGGACCAUGAAAUACUCUUUUCUUUUACAUGUAUCUGGUAAUAUGCCAUAUAUACAGGAACGUUAUUAAACUCUGUGUGUUUGUAUUAUGUGCUAAAGAAGGUACAUAAGGCUUUGAUAUACAUGUGUAUGAAGCAUCUUGAAUGUUUUUUAAGCAGGCUGACAUUCUAAUGUUCGUAAAAUGUAAAACUUCUAAGAAUGUAAAUUGUUAUGUAUGGUUUUUAACAGUAAUUACUGAAAGUUAUGCAUUUUUGUUAAAUUAUGCCCACCUUUGUUAAGUUUUUAAUGAUUUGAUAAUAAAAUUGUCUGAA